AUGAGAGUAAAAGGUAAAAGAAAAGCAAAGGUAUCUCUUGAAAGUCUUGAAAAAGAAGAAGAGUAUAGAGAGUUGAUGUGCACAGAAUGGAAGGCAGGUGAACAGGCUAUUGUUGGCGCGGUACUGCCGUGGUAUGCACAGACGAUCAUCCUCGAUCAUUUAUGCGCUGGCGAUGAGAAGAUUAGUAUAUUGGUAGCAAUGGUGUGUUGGAGGUAUAGGAGGUAUGUGGCACAAACAUACUUUCAAAAAUACUACAAUCCCUAUUUAGCAGUAUCGAUAUCUGAUGUAGCACAUCAUAUCUUUAGUCGAUACUCUUUGUAUCGUGACGUCAAGUCACUGCAUCUUGGGUAUGCUAGGAACCGUAACUUGUUUUAUGGUGUUUUGCCAGACGAUGAUAAUGGCUGCGACGAUGAAGACUGGUGUGGCGGAUCGGAUCUUGACAAGUCAAUCCCUGUCAAUGUGUUUAAAGAGAGGUUUGGUCAAAAGAUAGAGUCAUUCUCAUUGCAGACGGGACACAGUUAUGGUCAUGAUGGAGACGGUGAAGAUCAUCAAUACAGUGUAGACGACUCCUUUAGAGGUGAAGAAUACGUAUCUCUCUUGUCAGAGUCGGGCAGGAAAAAGGAUACUCAUCUCACCCAAUCAAUUGCCCAACUAUUUUCAUCAACUUCAUCAACUUCAUCAAAAUUAAAAUCAACCCUUGGCAUUCAACAACUGACAACACUUGUAAUACAUUUCCGCCAAUCGGAUAAUCAAAUACUCUAUCCUUCACUAUCCAACUAUUUGAUGACAACAACUACUCUGACAGACCUGUCUCUUUCAAGUGUCGACCAUCAUUUUCCAACUCUGUUAUUGGGUGCACUUACCCGACCACAAUCACCACUCAAGAGAUUAGAUUUACAACCAGGUGAAAGUUGUGUACAUCCCGAACCAAUCUAUUUUGCUAGUCUUGACUAUCUGUCAAUCAAAGAGAGAGAAUUUAGACUAUGUCUCGAUCCCAAAUCUGACAUUAAACGCCUCAGGAUAGAGUUCCCCGAUUCGAUCACCAACCUCUCUCAAUAUGUAACCCAAAACAAACAUUUAAUCAGGUUGACAACAGGUAGAGGUUUGGACAACCUAGUAUCAAACGAGGGGGGUAUGAGCUCGCCAUCGAUUGCAUCACUCACCGUACAUGGAAUCAAUUUCCGCGACAACCAAAAGAUUGAAAAACAAUUGUUGGAUCUAUUGUCAAGAUUUCCUAGUCUUACCACACUCUGUAUUAGAGGGUUUGGGAAAUGCCUCGAAAUCCUAAAAGACAACAAUUUUACAAUGACCAAGAAACCAAACAAAGAAACAAGAUAUUAUGUCCCUGUUUAUUUAUUUAAAAGAAAUAAAUAA